AAUAUUGUGUAUUUUCGUGAUAUCAGUCUAGUGGGAAUGAUUACGUACAUUGUUGCGAAAAUUUCUUGUCAUCAGUGUAGUUCUCUUAUCUCUUAAAAGAGACUUUAAUCAGACAUUAUUAUUGUGUUUGCAUUGUUCCAUGAAAGGAAGAGCAUAAAGAUACAAGAGGAUUCGAAGAAUUAGAAGAAGCUAGAAGAUCGUUGAAUAUUGAAAUAUUACGAAAAUGAUCACCACGAUAUUGUUCUUCUUAUUUCUUUUGGCCAGUUUACACUACGUUAUUUUGCAUUAUGGAAGAUUUGGAAGAUUAAUAAAUUUAUUACCAGGGCCUCAGGCAUUACCUAUUAUCGGAAGUAUAUAUCAUAUGCAAGUUUCAUCAAACGAUCUUUGGACGCUCCUAAAGCAAAUAAACAUACAAUAUUAUCCAAUUUACAAAAUUUGGAGUUUCUGGAGUGCGUUAAUUCAAAUUCAACAUCCAGAUGAUUUUGAGACACUUCUUGGAAAUCCCAGAUUCACUCAAAAAAGUUUUAUCUAUAAACUUCUAGAGCCUUGGUUUAGUACUGGACUUCUUACCAGUUCAGGACGCAAAUGGCAAACUCGUAGGAAGAUAUUGACAUCAGGUUUUCAUUUCAACGUGCUUCAACAGUUUGUUGACAUAUUUACAGAGGAAGGAGAACGUUUGAUCAAAUCGUUGAAGAGCGAAGAGGGAGUUGUUGUGAAAGAUCUCUUGCAACUCAUUAGCGAGCACACUUUAAACAUUAUAUGUGAAACUGCAAUGGGAACCUCGCUGAAGGACAAAGGUGAAUUUCAGUACAAAUAUCGUAAAGCUGUGAACGAUAUGGGAGAAAUUUUUGCGUACAGACUUGUAAGACCGUGGUUCUUUUAUAAUUUCUUUUUUAAUCUCUUUCCGCAAGGAAGGAGACAACAGAAAUUACUUAAAAUAUUACACGGUUUCACUCAAAAGGUAAUUCAAGAGCGAAAAGAAUAUCACGAUCAGACAAAUGGUCAAUAUUUAACUGAUUUUAACAAGAGUUCAGAUGACAAUAAUGGUAACAUUCAGUGCAAUGAUAUUGGAAUUCGUAAAAGGAGACUCGCAAUGCUUGACCUAUUGAUAGCAGCUCAUCGAAAUAAUGAGAUAAAUGAUGAAGGGAUUAGAGAAGAAGUUGAUACUUUCAUGUUUAGGGGACACGAUACUACUGCGUUGGCUAUCUGCUACUCUAUAAUGCUUUUGGCUGAACAUAAAGAGAUUCAGGAUAGAGCCAGGGCUGAAGUAAGAGAGGUACUGAAAGAAAAUGGAGGAAAAUUAAAUACAUUUGCUCUGCAAAAUCUUUUCUAUCUAGAGAGAUGCAUCAAGGAGACCCUUAGACUUUAUCCAAGCGUGCCUCAUAUAUCUCGCAAAGCCGAAAAAGAUAUAAAAUUAAGUAAUUACGUAAUACCUGUAAAUGCUGUAAUUAACUUGAACAUAUAUGACACUCAGAGAGAUCCACGAUUUUGGCCAAAUCCGGAGGUCUUUGAUCCCGACAGAUUUUUACCUGAAAAUUCCCAAGGACGGCAUCCUUAUGUUUAUAUACCUUUUAGUGCUGGUCCACGAAACUGUAUCGGACAACGAUUCGCCAUGUUAGAGUUAAAGACAACGCUGAGUCUUCUCUUAGAUAAUUAUUAUUUUGAACCCGUUGAUUAUCUUAAAGAUUUGUCCAUUGCUGUGGGUAUGGUACUGAGGCCAACACAUCCGGUUCAAACGAAAUUCAUUCCUAUUAAGGAUACGUGUUGAUGUUGAACAUAUGUUGAUCUUGUAAACAGUAAAUACGACAAUGUUGGUAAUUAUAACAACGUUUGUAAUAUGGCCUUACGUAAUGAGAACAAGAAUGUACAUACGUAUGCACAUAUACUACUCAAGUGCUGUUUCUCGAAUAACAAAGUCCAAUAACAAUUUAUACUGACUUUUGUCACAAAGCUUCAAAUGAAAUCCUACUGAAAAUGCAGUAGGAUGUGCAUUUAUAUGAAUAUGCAUUGAGUGACAAGCAAUUUAUUGCAGUCAAAGUUCAUUUUCUAAGAGAUCGAUGUUACAGGAUAUUUUUCUACUAACAGUGAUUUCUGAUUUGUGCUAGAAGUUUAUAUCAAAUAAUAAAGGAAUUCAACCAAUAAAUUGUACUGAGCAGCUUCGUUUAAGCAAAUGGAAUUCAUACAAACGGAUUAACACACACGGAUCACACACGGAUAUGUGUAUCUUGCGACAGAAUGAACGAGAAUAACACGACAGUUUAAGUUGACAAUCACUUUUAAUAGUUGAAAUAGGAAAACAAUGUACAGAUACAGAAUUUACAUUCCUAGCCGACGAAAGUUGCUAGAUAAAAUGUUAAUCGUGUAGUAAAAAAUGAGUUAAAAUAAAACGGUACACUUAA